AGGGGCGGGACCGGAAGGGGCGGAAAGCCGCCGUCCUUGGUGUUGUGGUCCCCGAACCUCUGAGCUCCUUUGCGCGUGGUUGCCGCGUCCUCCGGGGAGCGGCUGCGGGUGCUGCCUUGAUUGCCGCUGGCGAUGGCAACCAUGCUCCGCAGGGUGGUGUGCAGGAGAACCAAUAGGUUAGUACCAACUUUGGGAUGCUUGGGCUCCAGGCAAAAGCACAAUCUCCCUGACUUGCCUUAUGAUUAUGGUGCAUUGGAGCCUCACAUUAAUGCACAGAUCAUGCAGUUGCAUCACAGCAAACAUCAUGCCACUUAUGUGAAUAACUUGAAUGUUACAGAAGAGAAAUAUAAAGAGGCUCUGGCAAAGGGUGAUGUUACUGCUCAGGUAGCUCUCCAGCCUGCACUGCGGUUCAAUGGUGGUGGUCAUAUCAAUCACACUAUUUUCUGGACAAACCUUAGCCCAAAUGGUGGAGGAGAACCCAAAGGGGAAUUGAUGGAAGCCAUCAAACGUGAUUUUGGUUCUUUCGAAAAAUUUAAGGAGAAGUUGACAGCUGUGUCAGUUGGUGUUCAAGGUUCAGGAUGGGGUUGGCUUGGCUUCAAUAAGGAGCAAGGACGGCUGAAGAUUGCUUCUUGUUCUAACCAAGAUCCUUUGCAAGGAACAACAGGUCUUAUUCCUCUACUGGGAAUUGAUGUGUGGGAACAUGCUUAUUACCUUCAAUAUAAAAAUGUUAGACCUGAUUAUCUAAAAGCAAUCUGGAAUGUAAUCAAUUGGGAGAAUGUAUCUGAAAGAUACUCGGCUUGUAAAAAGUAGAGCAGUACUUUAUUCACUGUUUAAAUUUUUGCUCUUGUUGAAGCUAUUUUUGUAGUGUGUGGCACUGUAAUUUGUUAAUGAGUUGUUAUCCAUAACUCUUAAAUUACCUGUAAAAAUUGUAUGUAAGCAAAUUGUUUAAUGCCAUGAAAGAUCUUUUAUUUUCAAAGCUUUUCGGUUUUGUGCAAUAAUAAUAAUAGUAUGCAUAAUAACUUUAGAGAUUGAGUGUGGGUCUUGUGAAUGUUUCAGAUAAAUGGACAUGAUGCUUAAUGGACAUGACUAUUGUCUCGAUUAGAAAAAGCCCAACAACACAAAUAAGCACAGUCCAGAAGAUCCGUUCUUAUGAUAACUGUUUCCAGAGAAGCCUUUAAUCUGGUGGUAUAAGAACUAUAACACCUUGAUUAUCUAACAGUGAAGUCUAUUUAAGAAAGUGAUCUAGAAUGGGGUUGAGGUAGGCAGGAGAGAAUAAAUUUCAAACAAAAUUAAAAAAAAACAACAACAUUAAAAAUUUCACAUGUAAUUGGGAAAUGUUUAGAUAUAUUUAAAAAAUAAAGUUCUAACAAAAACAUUCCUUUUUGUACAUGACUUUAAAAUAAUAGCUUUUUAUUUUUCAAGAUACAUGCAAAGAUUUCAAUAUUCAGCUAUAUCCUGUACAGUGUCAUGGAAUACAUGAAAGCAACAAACUAUGGAAAAAUAAAUAUGUACACAUUUAGUA